AUGGCGGACUGCAUUGGUUCCGCUGACCAGGUACCCACUCUGAGAGGCUUCCUUGCAGAGUUGCGUAGCAUCCUGCAGACUCCAAUUGCCCGUUUCAUGGGAGGCACGGCGCCAGUGGCCCCAGUGCCGGCUUCGGGGCCAUCCACACAGUCUCAGGGGAGUGCUCCUAAUCAGCCACUUUCACAUUGUUCUGCUCAGUGUUCAGCCGCAUUGGCUGUGCCGGAAGUUUCAGCGCCAUCGACUGAAGACGUAGACGUCGAGGAGGAGGAUGAAGAAGAAGAUGACAUCUUCGGCAACGAGGAUGAAGAGGAUGAAUUUGGCGAUGAAGAGGACAACCCAGACAUUUCGGACCAGCGAGAUUUCCUCGGUGAGGUCUUCCACCGCCCUUCUCGGCCCCGCCUGCCGCCCAGGCAGCGCAAAUUUGCUAUUAAAAGAGAUGAUUUAAGGUCCGGGGGUGGUAUUCUCUUCCGUCUUACCCUAAACAACUCGGACUCCUCUCUUCACCAGCCCAGGUCGUCGUCGGAGGGGCUAGAGAGACCCUGUCCUCUUCUUGUACCCACUAUUAUCCGACCUCAGUCCAGUGAAAAUGUCUACUUCCUUGAGCACGACCCCCCGGCUCGCCGUAACUGUGAUUUCUCACUAAGCCGAACGGGGAAGUUGUGCAAACGACAUUCUCAGAAGCAGCUGGGUUCUUCUGCUGGUACUACCGCUGACUGUAACAGUCGGCUACCGCAGCUUGUCAGAACUGGUCGACAUGAUCUUCAGUCCGCAUCCAAACCUCUCCUGCUAACAACUGCUGAGAUGGAUGCUGCUGCCAUCCCACCAGAAUCCGAAAAUCUUCCCGAGCAGAUCAUCAGAUGUCUCUUCCAAGGUACUGUCUUUACUAAAAUGUUUCUUCUAAUUCAGAAGUAGAAGUAGAUGAGCUAACUCGUGAAAUGUUAACCGAAAUUCUGAAAUGCGUUUCCGACUCGAAAGGAUUACCUAAAUGGGGUGUGGUAUUAAUCAGCGUGUAGCAUAAUCGCAAGAUAAUGCAGAUACUUUGAGAUGCUGGCUUUUGAACGAACUUCUUUCCGGCCGCCGACAAAAUCUACACACUUCACAAAAUGACCACGUGUGUAGUAUAGAUUUUUCCUAUUGAUUUUCGAUACCCAUAUACAUUCAAAUAUAUUUCAUAGAAAACAUACAAAAAAUAUUCACUUUAACUAAUUUGGUAUAAAAUCAUGUCUUCUUUAAAUUUUUAAAUUAAACCAGCGACAUAAUAGGUUUUAAACAAGUCCUUAAUUAUGAGAUUUUUCAAGACCGUGAAGUGCCCGUUCACAACAUAGUUUUUCCCUGCAUUUCUUAAUGCUGCUUGUAAAGUUUACAAUAUGGCUCAAAUCCACUGCUCAAUUUUACGAAUCCCUUAUGGUCUCCUCUUAAUACCGUAUAGAAGUGUAUGAUUUUCCGUGCGCGGAAAGUAUGCAGCUUGUAGUUUGAAAUUCCUGAAUGCAAGUGUAACAGCAGGUCGGUUUCGAAAUUAUUUGGGAAUUGGAAAGUUCUUUUGAAACCGAAUUAUACCCCUAUUUUGAGUAUACAAUUUAAAGAAGAAUUAAUUUUCUACCAAAUGAGUGAAAAUGCAUAUUUCUGUAUGUUUUCUGUGAAGCAUAUUUGAAUUUACAAGAACAUCUGUGGAUUUUUUAAUCGACAUUUAUUCUUGACGUUGCGGACAAUUGGUGAUAACGAAUUUAAAGAAACAAGAAAACUCUCAUCCAGGAACGGCAUCAAAGUCAUAUAAUGACUCUUUACUAACAUAGAGACAGCUAUUUAGGUCUUCUGUCACGAUGCAUCCCCAAAGGGUUUUCCAUAAGUUUUCUCGGAGAGGCUUCUAACAAAGAAAAUAUUCUACCAUACCGUUUCCGGCUUACUCACCGAAAUCAGGCGUCUCUCAUUUUCAGGGCCACGGUCGCCUAUCGCAAGUCUACAUUUACGAUCAGAGAACUCACAUGUCAUUGAAUUUCAGGGAUUGGAUGCCGUUUGGUUUUGAUAGUUCUCAACACAGCCUUUGAAUAAAUGUCCAGCCUGUACGGCGGUGAUUGCAUACACAACUACGUAACUACGGUCUACUCUCGCUCUCCCCGCACUCUGUUGGGUUUUAAAGGAAGCCGCUUUGCCAGCCGUUAAUCUCCUGUGUUAUGCUAGACCUGUCGCUACCGCCCCUUGAAUACUUGUUAUCGGAUUUAAGCGUUCUUAUUUCACGUUUGGCCUUUACAGAAGAUAGUUGCACUAUCCGCUGCUCCCAUACAGCCUCAUUUCCGGGUUCCUUUCCUCCCGCGACAUCGUAAGACGCCCCUUAAAUAAAGGUCACUGUUCUGUCUCGUGAAAAGGGCUUUAAGGUCCUUCAAUUUAGUUUCAUAGUGUUGCCAUUCAUUCCUAUUUUUUGAAACUUUAGUUGUGAGCAGCACUUCCGGCAUCUUUGGUGCCUUAUUCGGCGACCGCGAAUUUUAGGCUUGCUGGUGCUGUGCACUGGUACAACACGAUAUUCCAUUGAGGCCUGUUGAGAACCCAACCAGCUCUAUUAAGUCGGGACCAGUCUGCAACGCGGUCGCUCUGCGUAUUAUUCUCCAGGUUAUUUCAUGUGGCUUCUGUGCACUUCCCUCCCUCCCCCCGCCCCUGCCAGCGCUAGGUAUGGAGGCAAAAAUUAAGACUACUACAAUUGCCACCACUCGUGAUGAAUGCUCGGCGAUUAGUGACUUGAACAUAGCCCUCAGUCAGCAUAGCAACCCCUUUCUACAGAUGCUGCAAUGCCCUUUGCCUCCCUCGGUUUCUUUCCCAAAUGGUUAGAGUUGUAAUAUCAAACGUAAGGCAAGUAGAUCUCUUGUUCCAGUGACCUAUUACAGUCCUCAGUCAUUGUUUAGAACCUGUCUUUUCGCAUGUGUCGGCGAAUUUACCUUUCGACUGGGGCCAUUUAUGGGGCACGCAGUAUUCCGCUCAGUGCUCAAUAAACCGUUUAGUCUCAACUUUUAUUGAUGCCACUUAAUGCAUGAACACCACUAAUGCUCAGUGCGGACGGAUCAAGAGUGAAGGAGAAUCAUAUGGCAGAACGUUAAGGUAUCAAAAUACCUCAUCGUUUCGCCAGAUCUCACCAACUAUUGAUACUGCGGGCAUGUUGCUUUCCUCUUUUAUGGUAGGCCACUUCUAAGUAGAAAACCUAUCAUUUGCUCCUGCUUUGAGAAAUAGCCGCAGGAGAUAUGGACAUCGCUUGCGAUAGUCGCUAUUGCCUGUAGCGCGGCGACGACGUCUUCUUCUCAGGUAGGAUCUGGGUACCCUAUGUGACCUUGAGUUACCUGAUAACUUGCUGAACAUCGCCGAUUUUGACGUUGUCUGGUUCGGGAUUAGUGGUUUAUCAGUUGACUUUGACCAAAUGUCAUUCCUCCAGUUACGUUAGAUAGUACCAACAAUGUUGGUAAUGAAAUUAACAAGUUAUUUUGACCCGACUGAGAAAAACUCCAUGACCUCGGUGGUCGAAACAACUGAAUCAAAAUAUGCCAGAACAAUUAUUAAAAGUAUCAAUGAAAAGGACACUUUCCUUUAAAUUCUUACUAAACUUGUGUUCCAUGCUCGCACAAAGGUUACCUCAAACAUAUCCUUCUUUCUUCCAGGUUUCACCGCCCUCCUAAAUGGUACAAAAAGUGAUCAGGACAAUUAUGCCUCCUUUGUGCAACUUUUGACGGUCGUCCUGGAUCAUUCCGUAAGUUUAAACAUUUUUAACCUUAUCUUUUCUUUACUACACUUGCACGGCCGUCGCUAGUUUUGCUUUAUGUGCGUUUGCGCCUUUUGUCAGAGAAUUAAAUGACUGGCAUAGGAGUCUUGCACAGAGGCAGAUAUAACCGUUUGCUGUGUUUCCUUCACAAACAUGCUCCUUGUCCAUUUUCUUUGCACUCGAGUUCCAUGGUUCUUGUACUUCGAUGAACUGUCGCCUCCGAGGCUGUUAUCUGAUUUUAUUAGAUAACAGAGACUUUGCCCAAACUGAACUUUAUUUUUAUCCUCUUAAACGCGCGGGAAGUCUAGUCAUCCGAGCUAUUCAUUUUCAUCAGUCCUGCCCGAAGGCCAGUGAACUAUUGACUCAUUUGUCUAUACCUUACAACCCGAGGAACGCUCAUCGUUUUCAGUCUAGUGGUAGUUCUUGACUGCAGUGCGGCUGAGUUAUGGCGUCCGUUUUUCCCUAACUCUUCCGACAGCAUUCAGACGAUAAAGGGCUACCCUGUAUGAUAUCAUUAAUGUCUAGGUGAAGCAAUAUAAGUAAGCGUUUUUCAGUUUUUGGAGGCUGUCGACAUGCACCUAACUAACCGAAUUCGCGUUUAAUGGAUUACCUAUUGCCAUGCUUGUAUAGCGGUGGGUACAACCGUGAAGUUGGGAGGGGGGUUAGCGAUUCGUUGUCCAUCAUACAUCUUUUUCUGGUUCAGUCUUUGUGCUGCCAAAUCUCGCUACCGGUCAUGUUAGACCGACGGUCUGCUCAGUGCAGUUCUACAGCACUCGGUGUAGACUGAUCCUGCUUCCAUAGGGAACAUCAGGGAAGUCGGAGCAACGUGAAACAGUGUGUUUCUGCUGCAGCCAGAUCGAUAAAGUGCCACUUCCAUCUGGUGUUGAUUCCUUUCUCGUUCCUUGCCUACCUCCGUAAGUAUCUCGCAGACAAUCUGAUCGUCGCCUUCUUCGGUGCUCUUACUGCCCGAGCCUACUUAGUGUAGCAUUCGUUUCCUGAACUGUCACGCUUGUCUUCAUGACUGUCGGACCUGGUUGACCGACAAUUUUUCCAGCUAACUCAGCCGUUGCUGUUGUCGGCUGCUGAGUCAGACUUCCGUGGAACACGUACGCUAGCCUCUUGUCUUCCUACUGUAGUAAACACGAUAAUUUUCUCAAAAUUACUCUCAGGUUGUAUCUCCUCUUCGCACCACAAUCACGAUCAACCGUGUCCCCGUGACUGAGAGCGAAGUAUCAUUACGCACUGUUUACCUCAUAACCAUUCCACACCGACUGUACCAGUGCUGUUCGGCGCACGACUACUGGGUCACGGUAGUUUUGAGGUUAGGUGCAUCCCCUAAUGUCCCGCUAUCUUGCCUUGGGCACGUAGGAUGACGGACAAACUGCUGGGAACACGCAUAAUGCUCAUUCCACAGCAUCCUAUGCUGCCACUCUACUUUCCCUUCGUCUCAUGUUUGCCCAUUUUACCGUGUGAGUUUGUGACGCUAAACUAUGCAAAUGACAGGCAAGCUGACUGCGCCCGGACCCGUCACGCUCUGGCAGUUGACUGUCCUUCUGCGACGCGGAAUGUGAGAGAAGCGAGUACGUAGGCGUGUGACUUGAGCAGAGAGAAUCAAUGCUGUUCUUGACGAUCGAUCUCUCUUUCGGGGCUAGUUAAGAGAGCUGUUUCUCGUCAGCUCAUCUCGUUUUUGGACGAUGCUUUGCACAACUAGCCUGUAGACAGUCCGAUAUCGCUCAUGUAGCUCAAAGACACUGCAGCGUUGCGAGUAGCUUUUACGCUAGCUAGAAGGUUAGGGGGCAUGUUGCAAAGAAUGGCAAAUUACAGUUUCUGCCUGCCUCGUAUCAGAAGCGGCAAGGGUGAGCUUCCUACAGGCGUCGCCCAAAUUUUCCAUAUCUUACUGCAUUUAAUUCAUGGAGGAAAACAUGAGACCCUGGAAUUUUUAGGUGGUCGACCGGUUUGGCGUAACCUGCUUCGCCAGCAGCGAGAAUGCUGCAUCUUCUCCUAUCCCCAAAUGGAGUCCAAAGUCUUAUGGCACGUGUGCUCGGAUUUUCAUGACGAUGCUCUCUCUAUGCUUAACCUUGUUUUUAAGAAAAGAGGUUAAUAAGUCGAAGAGUGCGUUUUGUGCAAAGCAAAUAGAGGGAAAGUGCAGUGUCAGACCUGUUUUAUUAGCGGACUUGGUCCUGGAAAAUGUGCGGUGGCGGCAGUCUCAUCUCGCCCGACGAAACUGUGUAUGAAGGUAUCCGGUGUGUUUACGCGUCAAAGUUGCUUUUUUCCAGUCUGUCUGAUUCGAACUUAUCAUUGGCCUAUAAGAGGGCGGAGUGAGGAUUCGGCCGUAUCUCCUUUUGUCUCUGAUGAUGGGCUCCAGCAGGAAUCCGCAACGUCAGGCUAAUAACGCUUUUGUCCCAACAAUCAUGUCUCCCUCUUUAAGAUGCAUUUGCCAUCUGUGCUCAACUUUCUACUUCUCCUAUUUCUUAAUUUAUGCCAUUCUUUUUUAGUCCUUUACGAAAGAGCAGAAAUCCCUUGCGUCUGAGUGGCAGCUGAAACUUGUAGAUGCCCUGGGUCCGGCUCCGUUACGCCGUUCCUACAGAAACACACGGCCUUCGCGUCGACCCACCCAGUACCACCCUUCUUUUCGGUCCGGCUUUUACAGCGUCCGCCAGCCGUCAUUCACCACUCCCUUCAUGCCGCGUCCACAGUAUCGUUUGCAUAGUCUGCCACUCCCAGGGGCCGGCUAUCCGGCUCACCACUCCCUCUCACCCAUCAGACUCAGUUCCAGCGGCUACACUGACAGCGUUGAUCCCCGUCCUCGACCGGGUGCUUUGUCCCCCAACUGCCCACUAAUCAACACCGGCGUGGUAAGCACGCCGUCAUUUAACGACGACAAGCAGUCCGUUUUCCAUCAGCAAGCCUCUUCGUACGAGUGUGAUCAGAGCAGCAAGGUUGCUGGUGCGUUUGCACCGCUACCCAGCUUUACUAAGACUCCAUCGUCAUCUAGUCGGUCAUGGUCCACUUUGAGUGCACGUGAUGAUCAACGGCAGCUCGACUACAUCCAUCCUUACCUCACACCUGGGCCGCGUCUGGGCAGCUCAAAUCUUCCCCCCAUUCAGGCUGGAUUUGGAGUCACUGACGAAUCUUGCCUCAGUGGUGGAAAAUCAGGUCACUACGCAUUUCACUCUUGGAGUAGCAUACCGAAUCCUGAAUUUCCUGUCCCCUCCUCGUCUCGUCAGCACCCACCACCACGGCCACUGCAGUCGAUGCCAGUUGUUGGUUGUGGUCCUGUUGCUGGUGGUCAGACUCCGCAUUUUCUGAGUUUACAUGGCGGUAAUUCUAGAUUCGGCAUGCCUGCUGCGGGUGGUGAUGUUUCAAGUGAACGCUUAGCAACCGCCGAACCGUCUCCUGUCUUCCAAUCGCAAGGAGGGCCCGUGGAUAGCCUGUUUGUAAGUGUUUGGAAGCUAAAGUGUCGCAAAAAUUGCUGCUAAAAGUCAUUGAUUAACUAAGCAAUUUUAUUCUAUAGACUCCCGCCUACUGUAAAGGGUUUCCAACUUGCCGUGGGUCCACAGUGAAGGAGGGCUCAAUGGCUUCACUUCCGGCACAUCCUCCACGACAACAAUCGUCAAGCGAGUUUCCUAUUCACGGGCAGACCCUCACUCACCAGUCCAGUGAUGAAGUUGCUGAAAUCACUUCCAAUUUAACAAAAGCCUCCCUCGCAGCAAUGCUGCUGGAGACACCAAGCACAAGUGCAUCGCCUGGAGUCAGUGUGCCGACGGCCCCAUCAUCAUUGGCUUAUGUUGGUGGCCAACUUGACGAAUUUCCUUCACGAUCUACCCUUGGCGGAUUAGAGCCGUCCAAAAUGCUCUACCCGAGUGUCCAUUGCACGUCCACUGCCGAGAUUAACCGAAAUUUGGAUCUGCUUACGCAGAAAGUGACAAAGUUGGCAAUUGACGGUGAGCUGUGUAUUAUAGUUACUUCUACGCUGUGGUUUUAUGGAAAUCUUAGAAACCACUAAUGUUGUGCCACUGCGGCCUGAGGGUGUGAGACGCUGACAGCCAAUGCUUGUUUUUGGACUUGCUAUCCUUUUCCCGUGCAUAUGUAAGGGAAAUAAUAGGAAAAUCUCCGCAGAGUGAAGUGAAUAAGCAUCAACUGUGUAGCAAUUUCGCCAGUACCUGAUUUCCUGUAUUUUUGUACUGUAGAUGAUAGACGUUGGACGUAUUUUCGUAAAAAUGCUAGCUUUCAGAAAAGAAUGCUUUUAGCAAAUUCACUGCUCGACCCUUGAGUGACCACAAUAGUUAGGUUGGCCAGAGCCCUAAUUACCCCUUGUCAUCAUUCAUAUAAGACAAAGAAAUCAUUUAACAUCUUUUACGAUUCUGUUAAUGUUCUGCAGACACGUCGAAACUCUUCAGUGUGAUUAGUUGGCAGUUUUCAUGUCAUAUUGAAGCAAUGUUUUCCCUGAAUAAAUUUGAAUAAGGCAAAGGCGACAAAGCAUGCGGUAUUUACUGACGUCAUAAAGCAGCUGAAUAAGAGAUCUCGAAAUUUAUGACGUCAGUAAAUACUGCAUGCUUUGUCGCCUUUUAUGUCAUAGUCAGCAACUGCCAUCUUUAUCGGCUCGUGUUUAUGCUCUGGGCGAUAAAUGUAGUGGGGCCGGUUACGGCGCUCUCGUUGUUUUUAUUUGAUAGGGAACUGUGACUUCAGGGGGUUUGAAUCUAUGUGGACUCUGAGCAGAUGAAAUAGGUCCAGAGGCAGAUCUGUGGCGGAUUUUUCUUAGCCGCUCACCAUACCCACCGGUUUUAUUUGACAUUUACCUGGAAUUCUUGAUUCAUCUAGGUGCAUUUAAGUAAAGUUUUCAAGGUGUCUGUCUGCGGGCGUCUGUCAUAACAUUGCCAUCGUGUAGUCAUUCGGAGAGCAUUUUUACAUUCUCGUUAUGCAAUUGCUGAACAUUCAAGUCGGUUCUGGGACCUGGUUUCCUGGUACCUUUUGUCUGUCUCUUCCCAGCAACCUCCGAAGGCGAUUGAGGUAUUUGUUUGUUUUUCUUGAUCUGACAAUAACAAAGGAUUAAGGUUAGCACCGUGACCUCGUACAUCCUUAGCCGACUGUUGAGAUGACUGCCAUGGUGGUUCGAUAGUGGAAACUGCAACGUUAAAAAUGUCUGGCCAUAUUUGGCUGCUGCCUGAAUGUAUCGACUGGCUGACAACCGCGAUUUGAGGUGUGCGUUAGUUGUGGACCGCCUUCAGAAAAGGUGUAUCGCUAUUGAUGACUGUUGCUGCAUCUAAAACAACAGUUACUCAGAUAUGUCAGCAUUUAAUAUGGAAUGACGGCCAAUACUUGGGGAAAGGGAAUACGAAAUUACUAACAGGUCAAAUAGAAAAUACGCUAUUUCUGCUCUUCUCUGGUGGUAUUACGCACGACUUAGGCCCUCGUGGACUGAAAAAGGUUAAGUAUAAGAACUGUUUGGCAUACCUUAAAACAAAUCCAUUUAUCUGCUGAGAGGAGCAUUAAACUUACUGCCUGCAAACUCGAGUAUAAACCAUCCUCUGUUUAUCUGCUUUAUAUAAAUAAGUGCAUCUUCUCGUUUGGUUCAGUUAUAGGGAAAACAUAGAGACCAAUAACGACUGACGCCGCUGAAAUUGCCUCCUCUGGUUAUUUUUUUUCGUUGUCAGCCAGUCACACCCCAACCCCACGACGUGCAGAUUGAAGGUUGGAACUCGCGGUUCAGAUGGUCAUUUGAUCAUAUUGUUUACCGCUUGCACCGCAAGCCCACCUCCCGUCGGUUGCAUUUAGUUAACCCGGGGUGGAGUCCGUCUAUUUACCCUGAUUUCAUAGCGGAGUUGGCAUCUUGAUAGUCUACAAUCCCCACGAAUCGUAAAGGUUGAUUAACAGCCAAAAAUCAAGAGUUGUUGCUGGUCAAGACUUCAAAGGCUAUCCUAAGCGCCAAUUCCAGCGUUGUUUUCUGAAAAGGCGCUUCUUUCUCACGCCCCCAUUCAAGGUUAAAUUGUGAUCUCGCAGAGUUCGAAUGGGCUCUCUUGGCAGAGCUUUCGAUAGACAACCUUCCUCAAGAUAUCGAUGUUCUCAUACACUCGCCCGCCCGCAUUCUUCAUUCUCAUUUCAAUUUGUUUGCCCACUAUUCAACCGAGUUGUCACAGAUUCCUGUUAUUUUGUUAGUUAUGAAUUACGGCAACCUUUUGUCAGGGGGCUACUCGUUGUCGCCUCCUAUCUUUCCCAUUUCUACCCGUUGCCACAUGUAGCCUGGUGACUCGAAAAAACGCUCUUCGCACUGAAGGAGAGCUGUUGUUAGCAAAGGCUAAAGACGACGGGAUAUCCUUUAUUCUGACCCAACUGUGUAAAACUUGACGAUCUUGGCGGGAUCCGAGCCCACGACAAGGAGAAGGCUUUAGUACAGCCAAUGCUCAAAAUCCGCCAAAACACGUUUUAGCGGGAUGUUCAUCUCUUUUUCUGUCCUAAGCCAUGAAUCCUCCAACUCCAGUCCUACAGCACCGGACGUUAAUUCAGACGCUGUGCGGUUAGACUACGGUCUCGUGACCGAAAAUAUCCCAAGUCACACAGGACUUGCGCCUGCCAAUCUGUCCUGAUUGCAGGGCUGCACAGGAGAGGUUGCAUUUUGACCGAACAAAAUGCAAUCAAUAGCUUUCCGUCCUUCAGUCAAGCAAGAACUCUUGACAUCACUCCCCUGCGGUUUUUCACCCUUCCAUUAUCCUGGCCCAGUCACCUCACCUCCAUAAAACCUAGUUACGUCUCAGAUCAAAUGCCCUCUUAUGCAUUGACGUUUUACCAAUUUACUCCACGCUUCUCUGUUCGGUAGUAAACACUUAUCUGCACAAAUUUGGUGACUAAUCUUAUAUCUCCACUUUCCCACUCAGAAUCGGACUCGCCGAGUGAGUAG